ACGAAACGCAGUUACAACGCUGCGCACUAAAAGUCUCGGCAUUAUUUCAGUGUCGAGAGUUCGCUGGUGUCGAGCGGCUGAAUUGGAAUAUUGGAUCAGCUCGGGAUUGAAGUGAAGCUGGAAUGAGGGCGGCGGUUUUUGUGUGUCUGCUGCUGGGAUGGGUGGGCGUGGCCAUGCCAAGGCGGCUGCGUGGAGCGCAAGCUGACCGACUGGCAAUCACCCUGUACUACGAAGCCCUGUGUCCCUACUGCAUGAAGUUCGUGACCAGCCAACUCAAUCCGUCGAUGGUGCGCCAGGAUCGAUUACCGUUCACUGAUCUUACGCUGAUUCCGUAUGGAAAUGCCAAGACGAACGAUGACGGAAAUGUGGAGUGCCAGCACGGAGUGAUGGAGUGCGAACUGAACGCCUGGCACGCCUGCAUACUGGAGCACCAUGACAUCGCCCAGUCCCUCAAGCUGAUCGCCUGCAUGAUAAGGGGCAAGAAGAACAGGCUGGACAAGUGCGCGGACCAUUAUCAAAUCGAUGUGGGCGAUGUUAGGAACUGCAAAAAAACGCGACAGGUGAACGACAUUCUGAGGAAGUACGGCGAGGAAACUGCCCGGGUCUCAUUUAUGGGUGUGCCGGCCAUAGCUCUGGACCACGUUUAUGACGCGGAUCUAUCGGGCAACUUAACAGAUAAUUUUGAUGCUAUUUUUUGCGCCAAGUAUAAGGAGAAGUUCAACAAGCAGCUAAACAAUUGCCAGUAAAUAUGGUUUAAUUGCUUCAAUAAAUUUGUUAUUACAACACACACACAUUCGUAAUGAAAUCAUG